UCCUCUCUCAAGCAGUCCUGUAACUGUUGCUCUGCUUUGACGGCUUCCUCCGCCAGUGGGGGAGCCGCCUCCUUCCCCUCCCCUCCCUAAAGGGAAGGAAAUAAUUCCGUUACAAAAAUCCCAAGGAUGGAGGUAUUUAGGAACCUUUUUAAGACCAUCUUACAGUGAAAGCUGCUGUCGCAAAGCAAUAAACGUUUAAUAAGGAGAGAAUGGAUGGAGAAGAGAAAACAUACGGUGGGUGUGAGGGCCCUGAUGCUAUGUAUGUGAAGUUGAUAUCCUCUGAUGGUCAUGAGUUUAUUGUAAAAAGAGAGCAUGCGUUAACAUCAGGAACAAUAAAAGCUAUGUUGAGUGGUCCAGGUCAGUUUGCUGAAAAUGAAACAAAUGAGGUGAAUUUUAGAGAGAUUCCAUCCCAUGUCCUAUCCAAAGUAUGCAUGUAUUUCACCUACAAGGUUCGCUACACUAACAGCUCCACGGAGAUUCCUGAAUUCCCAAUUGCACCUGAAAUUGCACUGGAACUGCUGAUGGCUGCAAACUUCUUAGAUUGUUAAAUAAAAUAAAUUAUAAUAAAAAUGUAAAACUUUUUUCAGUAUUUAA